CCUCCAUCCGCCACUCUAAAGUCUCCAAGCUUCCCCACUCCACCGCAGCGAAGAAAUUUCUCUACCCCCGCAACCCCCCUAAAAUCCUCGUCGCUACGACAGGGGAUCCCUCCCCCAAUGCGGCUGCUCCCGCUCCUCCUGCUCCUCCUCGCCGGCGCCGGCGCCCGCGCCUCCGACGACCCCUUCCUCUCCGGCGCGGCGAACCACAGCUACAACAUCGACUGCGGCGGCGCGGCGGACUUCACCUCGGCCUUGGGGCGCCGGUGGCUCGCCGACCGGUUCUUCUCCGCGGGCGGGGCCGCCGGCAUGGUGGCGGAGCCGCACCGCUUCCCGCAGCCGCAGGAGCGCACGCUCCGCUUCUUCCCGCCCUCCUCGGCCGGCAAGUCCUCCUGCUACUCGCUCCCGCUUCCCCCCGGCCGCUACUACCUCCGCCUCUUCUCCGUCUACGACAACUACGACUCCAAGCUGCGCACGCCCUCCUUCGACGUCUCCGCCGCCGCCACGCUCGUGCUCUCCUUCCGCUCGCCCUGGCCCGAGCCCGCCGCGCGCUACGGGGCCUACUCCGACCUCAUCUUCCCCUCCGCCACCGAGCCCGCCUCCGACCUCUGCUUCUACUCGCUCUCCACCGACGCGCCCGCCGUCGCCUCCAUCGAGGUCUCCCCCGUCCACCCGCUCGCCUACGACGGCGCCACCACCGGCGCCGACCUCGUCCUCGUCAACUACGGCCGCGUCACCUGCGGGAACAGCCUCUUCGGCCCCGGAUUCACCAGGGACGCCGACGCCUUCUCGCGGGUGUGGCAGGCGGACGUCGAUUUCCGGAACAACGACCUCAGCUACGACGCCAUCACUGCGGGCGGGAGGAAGGUCUUUGGCAGCAACCAGCCGCCCAACUACUUCCCCACCAAGCUGUACGAGUCGGCGGUCACCACGGGCGGUGACGCCGCCAAUGAGAUCGAGUACCUCAUGCCGGUCGACACGAGGCUGUCCUACAUGGUCUGGCUCCAUUUCGCCGAGAUCGAUGCUGGGAUCGGCUCACCUGGCCAGAGGGUGUUCGACGUAGUGCUGGCUGGGGAGAACGUCACGAGGAUCGACAUCUUCAAGCAGGUCGGAGGCUUCACGGCGUUCAAGUGGACCUACAUUGUCAAGAAUCUGACAAGCUCGACGUUGAGCGUCAGGCUUGUGCCAGUGGUGGGACGGCCGAUUCUGUGCGGCCUUGAGAAUUAUGCGAUGGUGCCACUUGAGAUGAGGACAGUGCCGAGCCAAGUGGCUGCAAUGAAGGCGUUGAAGGAGUCGCUGAAAAUUCCUGCCAGGAUGGGUUGGAAUGGUGACCCUUGUGCACCGAGGGCAUGGGAUGCAUGGGAGGGAGUUACUUGCCAUCGCGGUGACAAAGGGCUUGUGAUAACACAACUGGAUCUGGCGAGUCAAGGACUAAAAGGUUACAUCACCGAUGAAAUAAGUCAUCUUAAAGACUUGGUAAGCUUGAAUUUGAGCUAUAAUUCACUGACUGGAAGCUUACCACCUGGUUUAGGUCAACCUUCACUUGUGUCACUGGAUAUUUCAUCAAAUGAGUUUACUGGAAGCAUUCCUGGAACCAUAGGUUCAUCCAAGUUACAGACUGCAUUACUAAACAACAAUCAACUCGAUGGGCAAGUUCCAGAAAGACUUUACUCAAUUGGCGUGCAUGGUGGCGUGAUAGACCUCUCAGGUAAUAAAGGUUUGUGUGGCGUGCCUACCUUACCUGCUUGUGCAUUAUUCUGGGAGAAAGGAGGGUUGAACAAAACUGGCAAAAUUGCACUUGGAGCAUCGUUUGGGUUUGUUCUGCUCGUCAUACUUAUAGUGGUCUACAUACUGUGCAUCAGAAGGGGGCCAUAUGACUAUGAUUUUGACUUCCCUCAAGAUUUGACCUCCAUAUCAGCAAUAUCAGCGAAAAGGAAUAGGUACCAGAGGGCAAAAUCCGUGAUGCUUGCUGAGAUGGAGGCACAUAACCCGGAUGGUUUCUACACAAACGGGAGCCCUCACUAAAUGGCAUGCUCAGAAGUUGGUCGCCCUGAUGGCCAUAUUCUUUGAGGAAGCACUCACCGUGGUCUUGCAUCUUCACUCAGGUUCCAUGCCAUGGCAGGUCCGCAGGUAUAUAUGUUUUGAAUCAAUUUUGCACGUGUCACCAGCAUGGCGGCCUUGCAUUUUCACUCAGGUUCCAUACCAUACCAUGGCAGUUACACUCACAGUUUGAGAUAUUCGAAAUGUAGUUCGUGUAGCGCAUAUGUGCUUGUAUCCUGUAAUAUGGGGGCAUAUGAGGCAGUCAUUUAGUAGUUCGUGUAGCGCACCGAUUCUUUUUUACUUUUGACCGAGGGGUCUCCAGAUAGUUUAGCUUACGCUUGUGCUCAAUGAAUCAUGUCAAGGCUUUCUAUUGAUUUUUUUUUUGUAUAGAACCUGACAUGGUGUUACUAACCGACUUUGGGCAGUGAGAGGUUCAUUAGGUUGC